AUGUCCGAGAGUGGAGGGUGGCGCAGUGCGCCCGGGCAGGCGGCCGCCGCCGUCGGCUCUGCCACGCGCUCUGCGUUCUCGCCUGCGGCCCCAGCACGUGCAUUAGCAGCACCCCGUUUCUGCCUCCACGUGGUGCAGGCCCAGAGGACACGCUUGUCUCCAGCUGGCUCCAGGCUGCAGCUGCAGCCACCGCUGGGGCUUGAUGCCAUCUACGGGCACACUCAGUCCGCCUCGCUGGAGGAGCUGGGGCAAGCGGGCAGGCUGCGCCCCUGCGCGGACCAGCAGGCAGGAGGGAACAUCUGGGAGGUGCCUGGGCUCGGCGUGCCCUCUGCGCCCGGGUCCCGCCCCGGCCGGCUCCGAGAGUCCGAGCCCCGCCGCCGGCCAGAUGGGGCCCUUUGGACCAGGCGCAGCGCCGAGUCCAUUGGUCACUUGGUGGCAAGUUACGGCGGCAGGAGCCGCAGGGGCCUUCCCGGCGCGGCCCGGCCCCAGGACCUGGGGGGCACCUUCAUCCAGCAGGAAGUCGGGAGGCCCGAGGAGGCCUCGGGGGGCUUCUUCCAGCAGAUCGAUUCCUCCCCUCUGGGCGGCGAGAUGGAGGACAACGCUGUGAGCCACAGCCGCCGCGGCACCCCGUCCCAGCCCUCGACCCCGAGCCCCCCAAAGCCCACGGGGGUGUUUCAGACAAGUGCAAACAGUUCUUUUGAGCCAGUGAAGUCACACCUAGUUGGGGUGAAGCCCAUCGAGGUGGAUCGGGCCAACGUGGUGGGUGAGGUGGGGGACAGCCGCGCCCCCCAGAGAAGGCGCAGAGCAGGUGCUGCGCCCCCCGACGCCACCCCUGGCAACCUGGAGCAGCCCCCGGACAACAUGGAGACGCUCUUCCCGCCCGCGCUCUGCCCUCGGCCCCCCGCCUCGGAGCCUGCGCUCCCGGCCCCUGAGAAAAAGCCCUCGGCCAGAGCCCAGGGGCUCGUGAAGUGCGAGAGCCCGGCCACGACGCUGUGGGCCCAGAGCGAGCUGCCGGACUUCGGGGGCAACGUGCUCCUCGCCCCAGCUGCGCCCGCGCUGGGCGCCGAGGAGCUGGCCCGCUACUUCCCGGACCGGAGCCUGGCCCUCUACGUGGCCACCUGGAACAUGCAGGGCCAGAAGGAGCUGCCCACAAACCUGGACGAGCUCCUGCUGCCCGCUGAGGCCGACUACGCCCAGGACCUGUACGUGGUGGGGGUCCAGGAGGGCUGUGGCCCCCGCAGGCGGGAGUGGGAGACGCGCCUGCAGGAGGCCCUGGGCCCCCACUACGUCAUGCUGCACUCGGCCGCCCACGGCGCGCUUCACCUGUCCGUGCUCAUCCGCAGGGACCUCAUCUGGUUCUGCUCAGAGGUGGAGAGCUCCACGGUGACCACCCGCAUCGUGUCGCACAUCAAAACCAAGGGGGCCCUGGGCGUCGGCUUCACCUUCUUCGGCACCUCCUUCCUCUUCAUCACGUCCCACUUCACCUCCGGGGACGGGAAGGUCAGCGAGAGGCUGCUGGACUACACCAAGACCAUCCAGGGCCUGGCCCUGCCCAAGAACGUGCCGGACACAAGCCCCUACCGCUCGGACGCGGGUGAGGACCGCCGGGCGGCCGCGCAGGCGCCCCCGCAGGACCGGGUCCUGUACAGGAGCCGCCACGGAGACGACAUCUGCGCGGUCGGGUACUCCUCCUGCCCCGGCGUCAGGACCUCCGACCACCGCCCCGUGUACGGCCUGUUCCGCGUCAAAGUGAGGCCGGGGAGAGACAACAUCCCGCUGGCUGCCGGCAAGUUCGACCGGGAGCUGUACCUGCUGGGCAUCAGGCGGCGGGUGUCCAGGGAGGCGCGGCCGGCGCCCAAGGGCCAGGGCAACAGCGCCGUCUGCGCCCUGUGCUGAGCGGGCCCAGCGCCGCCCUCCCCACGGGGGCUCUCGCCGCUCGGCUGGACCCGGAAGGGGCAGCUCGAGGGCGCGCCCCUUUGGGGUGCAGGAGACACUGCCAGCGCUGCCCCGACUCUUCGAGAUGGGUCCAGGCAGCCCAGCCCUGCCCCCCGCUGGCCAGGCCACCUCCAGUCACUCCCUCCGGGGGCCCCUGCCGAAGUCAGACUGACCCUGUGCUGACCACAGGCCCAGAGCAGUCUGCCCCCUCCCUUGUCCACCUGUGGCUGGCACAGCCCCUCCCCCCAGGCCGCGAGGGUCCCCCAGUCCCAGUCCCGGGCGCCCCGCAGGCCUCAGAUCCCAGGUCUCGUCGGCCCCGUCUUCUCUCGACAUAAACGGGCCUUGAACGUGUGAGGUGCCAGGGCAUUUGAUCUAGUCUGUUAAAUUAUUUUUCCAUAUUUAUAUAUUUUUAAA